AUGGCGGUAAUCGCUCUUACAACAGCACAAGGUAAUAUAGGUAUAAACUGCAUUGACAUUCAGCCAGACAACUCAAGAAUCGUCAUAGGCUGUGAAGAUGGGAACAUAAAAUAUUACCGCUUUGAAGCAAUCCACAAAGACCAAUGCAUUUUGACCUGCAGCUCUUCAAUAUUCGGAGGGGGAGGAAUUACAGCAAUAAAAUAUAGUAAAGUCAAGCUUAAUAAUGAAUAUAUGAUAGCCUGUGGCAGCAGUGAAGGAUAUAUUGAAUUAAUAACGAGAAGAGAAAUCAGGCCUGAAAAAUGAUCUAAUCUAGCUGGGUCAAAACUGCAUACAUAUGAUAUUAAAGAUAUUGAAUGGAUUAACCAGGACAUUAUAAGCUGUGGAAUUGACAAUAUUAUCUAUACUUUAAGAUAUGAAAAUAAAUUUUUAUAUAUAAAUAAUAUAAAAAUAAUAAAAUUUAUGUGAUAAAGCAUAUAUAUUUGUCAUGUCAGUUGCAAUGAAGAUGGCUUCAGACUAAAAAUCAGCAGAAAAAUCCGCGCCCAUGAAGGUUGAGUCACAGGUUUAGCAGUUUUAAACAAUUUUAUAUUAUCCCAAGGUAGCGAAAAUAAAGUAAAAGUUUGAAAUUACCCCAGCUUUGCCCAAGUUUUAGAAAUCAGAUAUGAGCAAGAAGAAGCUGACGAAGAGAGUGUAGAAGUCAUAAGAAAACCAAGCGCUGGGCUAUGAUUUGCAUUAGCUGGCACCAGAAGUGGGAGAACUGGAGAAGGCUGUUUAACUAUUUUGCGGCCUGAAAAUUGAAAUAUUAUAGAAAUCCCAUUAAGUCUGAUAAGCAGUGAAGGGGAUACCAAUAUUUUGUUAAAAAGAAAAAGACAUGAGGAAAACGUGGUGGAAGUCCUUUGCAGUGGAUUUUUAAAUAAAGGGCUGCUGGUUGUGACUUCUGGAGGGUAUUUAAGCUUGUUUAGCUAUAUAGAUUUCACAAUGAUAUGAGAAACCAUGCUUCAGCCUGCAGCCGAAAUCACAGUAAUUUAUAAUUAGGAUCUAGCUACAGCUAGUGAUGGAAACUGGGCUGUAUUAAGCUCAGCUGAAGGCUUGCCAUUUUAUGUAACUUUUGAAGAAAAUCUUAAUUAG